GAGCCCCAGAAGCAGCCUUCGGCCUUGAUAGGACCUGAUUCAGCUAAAUAAAGCUGGGGAGGGGGGAAUCGACCUUGGGGGACUUGUCGGCUCACUGCCUUCGAGGUAACCAUUAAUCCCUCCCUUGGGGGAAUCCAGAGACUGGUCCCUUGUGGAGCAGAUUGUGGGAGAAAGGAGGCAGCCAUGGAGGCCAGCUCUGCACCAGCGCUGGAGGGCCAGCGGGCCCUCAUCAACAAUCCUGCUGACAUCACUGUCAUUGCUGUGUAUUUCCUGCUGGUCAUUGGUGUCGGCCUGUGGUCCAUGUGCAGAACCAACAGAGGCACUGUCGGUGGCUACUUCCUGGCAGGACGAAGCAUGGUGUGGUGGCCGAUCGGGGCCUCUCUCUUUGCCAGCAACAUCGGCAGUGGCCACUUUGUGGGCCUGGCAGGAACGGGUGCUGCAAGCGGCUUGGCUGUGGCUGGAUUUGAGUGGAAUGCGCUGUUCGUGGUGCUACUCCUCGGCUGGCUCUUCGCACCGGUGUACCUGACCGCAGGUGUCAUUACCAUGCCGCAGUACCUGCGCAAGCGCUUCGGCGGCCAUCGCAUCCGCCUCUACUUGUCCGUGCUCUCGCUUUUUCUGUACAUCUUCACCAAGAUCUCGGUGGACAUGUUCUCCGGGGCCGUGUUUAUUCAGCAGGCUCUGGGCUGGAACAUUUACGCUUCAGUCAUUGCUCUGCUGGGCAUCACCAUGAUUUACACUGUAACAGGAGGGCUGGCAGCGCUGAUGUACACAGACACAGUGCAGACUUUCGUCAUCAUCGCAGGGGCCUUCAUCCUCACGGGAUACGCCUUCCACGAGGUGGGCGGGUAUUCCGGGCUCUUCGACAAAUACCUGGGAGCGAUGACUUCGCUGACAACUUCAGAGGACCCAGCUGUGGGCAACAUUUCCAGUUCCUGCUAUCAACCCCGGCCUGACUCCUACCACCUGCUUCGGGACCCUGUGACAGGGGACCUGCCGUGGCCUGCCCUACUUGUGGGACUUACCAUCGUCUCCGGCUGGUACUGGUGCAGUGACCAGGUCAUAGUGCAGCGCUGCCUGGCUGGGAAGAACCUGACCCACAUCAAGGCGGGAUGCAUCUUGUGUGGCUACCUGAAGCUCAUGCCCAUGUUCCUCAUGGUCAUGCCAGGCAUGAUCAGUCGUGUGCUUUACCCAGAUGAGGUGGCUUGCGUAGUGCCUGAGGUGUGUAAACGCGUGUGUGGCACGGAAGUAGGCUGCUCCAACAUCGCUUAUCCGCGGCUGGUCGUGAAGCUCAUGCCCACUGGUCUACGUGGACUCAUGCUGGCAGUCAUGUUGGCCGCACUCAUGUCCUCCUUGGCCUCCAUCUUCAAUAGCAGCAGCACACUCUUCACCAUGGACAUCUACACGCGCCUGCGCCCCCGCGCUAGUGAGGGCGAGCUGCUGCUAGUAGGACGGCUCUGGGUGGUGUUCAUUGUGGCCGUGUCAGUGGCCUGGCUGCCUGUGGUGCAGGUGGCACAGGGCGGGCAGCUCUUCGAUUACAUGCAGUCUGUCUCCAGCUACCUGGCCCCUCCCGUGUCCGCAGUCUUCAUACUGGCGCUCUUCGUGCCUCGUGUUAAUGAGCAGGGUGCCUUCUGGGGACUGAUCGGGGGCCUGCUGAUGGGCCUCGCACGCUUUAUUCCUGAGUUCUCCUUUGGCGCGGGCAGCUGCGCGCGCCCCUCAGCUUGCCCGGCAUUCCUGUGCCAGGUGCACUACCUCUACUUCGCCAUUGUGCUCUUCCUCUGCUCCGGCCUCCUGAUCAUCAUUGUCUCCUUGUGUACCCCACCCAUCCCACGCAAGCAUCUCCACCGCCUGGUUUUCAGUCUCCGGCACAGCAAGGAGGAACGGGAAGACCUGGAUGCCGAUGAGCUGCAAGUCUCAGACUCGGCCCCAGUCCAGAAUGGGCGCCCAGAGCACGCGGUGGAUAUUGAAGGUAUAGCACUGCCCUCAUUGGACAUGGGACUGAGGGGAGCUGGGCAGGGAGAGGCAUGAAUUUCCCUCAAACUGACUGUUGGGCCUCAAUUUCUCCCAGAGCCACAGGCCCCGGCCCCAGGCCUAUUCCACCAGUGCCUGCGGUGGUUCUGUGGAAUGAACAAGGAUGGGGCGGGUGGUCCUGCACCCCCAACUCAGGAAGAGGCAGCUGCAGCAACCAGGCAGCUGGAAGACGUCAGCGAGGACCCCCACUGGGCCCGUGUGGUCAACUUCAACGCCCUGCUCAUGAUGGCUGUGGCCAUGUUCUUUUGGGGCUUUUAUGCCUAG